CAAGCAUCUUUAUUAUAGGAGUCUAUGAGUUAAAUCAGUUGUACUUUUUUUUACUAAGUUGACGUAAAAUCUUAUUUUUGGUAUAUUAUUAGAGCAGAAAAAGAAUAUACUUAUUUGAAUAAGAUGAGAAUACGAAAAUUGUUAAAUGACGAAUAUGUUUUGCUGUUUUCGUAAUUGUUUCAAUGGUGAUUUAACAGCUCAGGUUUCCGUUAGCAAAAGCAACGAACCAGAAAUACAGUUGGACAAUAUGAACAUGGGUCAUGAAGUGGUAAUAGUUAAAAAUGGUCGCAGGUUGUGUGGUUCUGGAGGGGCACUAGCAUCGGCGCCGUUAGUUCAGUCUAAAUCUUACUUUGAAGUUAAAAUUCAGCAAGGCGGUGUUUGGUCUAUAGGCUUGGCAACACGCCAAGCAGAUUUAAAUAAAACAAAAGGUGGAACUGACAAAGAAUCUUGGUGUUUAUGUUCAGAUAAUGUGGUAAAUCAUAAUGAUGAAGAAGUGGCGACAGUAAUCGGUAUAAUAGUCAAAAAUCAUGAAGAAACUGUGAAUGGUGACAGAACUCCUUUAACAUCAACUAAAACUGAAGAAAUAUUACUGCCGCAAGAAGGUGAUACCAUAGGUGUCGCGUUUGAUCAUGUUGAAUUAAAUUUCUAUUUGAAUGGAAAGAAUCUAGAAGUACCUGUUCUUAAUGUAAAAGGAACUGUAUAUCCUGCAUUAUACGUGGACGAUGGGGCCAUUUUAGAUAUAAUAUUAAAUAAUUUUUCUUAUGGACCGCCUCCAGGAUUUGAAAAGAUAAUGAUAGAACAAUCUCUCUUAUAAAAAAAAUUAUUAAUCUAGUUUUAAUUAUAUUUAUGUAAAUGAAUUAUAUAUUAAAUAUAACGUCCAAUUUAUAAGAAAAAAAAAUAA